ACGAUGCUUAAGCUCGCCAGAAGAAGACCUCAUAACUGUCAUUGUUCUUUAAAAAACCCUUUUAUUUUCAUGUAAACACGUUAGAAUGUGGAUAUUGAUAUUGUUUACGUUUGUUUUCGUCCAUUUCGUCGAUUUUAUUGGGGCCCAAGGAUCUUAUGGACCACCCAAUCUUGGAGAUUUUUAUUAUUACGAUACUUUACGAUGUCCUGAUCAUUGGAUACAAUAUCAACAAUCAUGUUAUAGGUUUAUUAAAUCACCUUUAAGGGGAUAUAAUGAAUCUAGACAUAUUUGUCGUGCUUUCUCAUCUGAAUCGGAUCUCUUAUCAAUAAAUAGUUACGACGAACAUGGUUUUAUAAUAAACGAAUUAAACAAACAAGAUUCUCUGAGAGGACGCUGGUACUUUGGGGCUUACCAACAAAAUCCGGAUAUGUGGCGAAACGCGGAUGACUCUCCCUUAGUUGAUAUGGAAAAUGCAUUUUUUCCCGUUCGAAAAAAUUAUGGCGAUGACUAUUUGGUUUAUAAUUUUUCGACGAGCGAAAUGCACUGGGGUUUUGUUCCCGUUCGAGGAGAUGAGCCUUUAAAAUUUAUUUGCGAGGCGAAUUUGUUCAGCUUGCAACGACUUUUGGGUGAUAACCGGACGUAUACUUAUGGAAUUGAAAUUAAGGAUCCUAAGAAAAUCCCGCGAGGGCCGUUUUUUAUUCAACAACCUAAAGAUGUCAUUUUCGACGUGUCGAGGCGACAAGUUUUAAAUCAAAUUGUAUUAAGUUGUUUAGCAGGUGGUUAUCCAACGCCUACCUAUCAAUGGUUUAAAGAAGAAUAUGAAAAUGACAGACUUGCAGCAAAACAGGUUGAUCCCUUAACUGACGAUCGUUACACUUUAAGUGGAGGGAUGUUAAUUAUUAUGAAACCUGAAGAGAAAUUAGAUCGUGCAAAUUAUCAUUGCAAAGCAUCCAAUAAAUAUGGUACAAUUAUUUCUGAAAGUAUAGCGUUAAAUUUCGGAUACAUUCACGAAUUCGUACUUAAAAGAGCCGCAGAACAAGGUGACCACAAUUGGGGUAAAGUGAUGGGAUGCGAUCCCCCAAAAUUUUUCGGCAAAGUUCGUUAUUUAUGGUCUCGCGAGUACUUCCCAAAUUUGGUCGAAGAAGAUGAGCGCGUUUUCGUAUCGCGCGACGGCGGAUUAUACUUUUCUUCUCUAGAAACGAUCGAUCGAGGCGUUUAUGGAUGCAGCGUAAACGCUCUUUAUUCAGAUACAGGAAAAAAUGGACCAUUCUUUCAAUUAAAAGUUAACCCACAAUCUUCAUAUGAACAAUUGAAAUUUGCCAACACUUUUCCUAAAAUAUUUACAAAUCCUCCUAAAGCUGGCGAAGAAGUUCGGAUGGAAUGUAUGGCUUUUGGAUAUCCGGUUCCAAGUUAUAAUUGGACGCGUAGAGGAGCACCUUUACCAAGAAACACAACUUUCCAAAGUUACAAUCGCGUUAUGAUAAUACCAAAAGUGACCGUUGAAGAUCAAGGCGAAUACGUUUGUACAAUUUACAAUGAUUUAUCAUCAAAAGAACAAGGUGUCCAAUUAAACGUUCAAGCCGAACCAGAAUUUCGCAUCCCAUUACAAGAUAAACAUGUCGAUAAGCUGGGUCAAUUAGUUUGGUUAUGCGAAGCGUUUGGAAUUCCGGAUGUGAAUUAUACUUGGUGGAAAAAUGGGCGGCAAUUAAUUAAGGGUUAUUUAGAAUCGGAAGAUUAUGGAAGGAUUAUAAUCCAAGAUAACGUCCUUACGAUACGUGAAGUUGAUGAGUUUCGCGAUCCGGGAAUGUAUCAGUGUCGAGCAUCAAACGCGUUAAAAGCUAGGUAUUCUUCCGCUCAACUUCGAGUUUUAUCGUUUAAGCCUUCGUUUAAAAAACGGCCUUUGGAGCCGGAAACUUACGCCGCCGAGCAAGGUAACGUUACCAUUGUUUGUCAACCUGAAGCGGCACCUAAACCGCAAUUUACUUGGAAAAAAGAUGGUAAUAUUAUCGGAAGUGGUGGUCAUAGAAAAAUCAUGGAAAAUGGGAAUUUAUUUAUUGGUCCAGUUAGUAGGAAUGACGAAGGUAUUUAUACUUGUUCGGCUCAAAAUGAAAACGGUUUAGACGAAUCUAGGGGACGACUAAUUGUUUUGCUUGGCCCAAGAUGGAUACAAUCUUUACCACCAAGAAUUGUAACAUUUGUACACAACAGUUUUGAGCUCUAUUGUGAAGCUUACAUUGAAGAACUUCUAGAUAUAGCUUAUAUCUGGCACCAUAAUGGGCUUAGAAUACGCAACAUUGAUGUUAAAAAUUCGAAUAAUCAAAUUAGAAUAGAUGGUGGUCAUUUGGUAAUUUUAAAUGCUACGUUUGCCGAUGAAGGCGAAUACGAAUGUUUAGUAACAUCUUCGUUAGGUCAAAUAUCGUCACGUUCGAUCGUAAAGAUAGAAGGCCCGCCGGGUCCUCCAGGUGGCGUUGAAGCGCAAAUAGUGAAUAAUACCCAUAUUAAUUUGUUGUGGACUGACGGCGCGGCUCACGGAAGACAAAUUUAUCAAUAUAGCGUCGCAGGACGAACUCAGUGGAACAUGACUUGGGUGAAUUUAGCGAGUGGAAUAUACGCCCAACCGGUUCCUCCAAAUAGAAAACGCGCUCUAGUUCAAGUAUCAUUAACACCAUGGUCAAUUUAUGAGUUUCGCAUGACCGCAUCGAAUGAAUUAGGAACGGGUGUGCCAAGUAGUCCAAGCCCAAGGAAAUCAACAGCUGUUGAUAAACCAUAUUUACCUCCAGCUAACGUUGGUGGGGGUGGAGGUAAACGUGGAGAUUUAACGGUUACUUGGACACCAUUAAGAAAUGAUCAACAAAACGCACCCGGAAUUUAUUACAAAAUUUUCUUCAAACAAAGAUUGCAUGAAACUGAGUUUCAAACUUUGUCAUUACAAAAACAAGGUAACAUCGGUAAAGCUGUUAUUCAUAUAAAAUCAGACCAUUAUUAUACAGAAUAUAUAGUUAAAGUACAAAGUAUUAACUCAGAAGGCGAGGGGCCAAUAAGUAAUGAAGAAGUAAUUUAUUCAGCUGAAGAUAUGCCAAUUGUCGCCCCACAAUUAGUUAAAGCAAUGUCGUAUAACUCCACAGCCUUGAAUGUUAGUUGGAAUCCCGUUGAACAAAUUCGCGAUCGCAUUCGCGGAAAAUUAAUCGGACACAGAAUAAAAUAUUGGCGCGAUGGCAAUAACGAACAAGACAGCGUUUAUUAUCUAUCAAGAACAACUAGACCUUGGGCGUUAAUCGUCGGUCUUGUACCGAAUACUUAUUACAAUGUGAAAGUUAUGGUUUAUAACGGCGCUGGGGAAGGACCGGAAAGCGAACGGUUUAAAGAACGAACGUAUAAAAAACCACCACAAAAACCACCAUCUUCAGUUAACAUCACCCCGAUAAAUCCAUCCACAAUAAAAGUUAUAUGGCGAUAUGUACAACCAGCCAAUGAUGAAGAACCACUACAAGGUUUUAAAGUACGCGUUUGGGAAAACGAUCAAGACAUCAGCACCGCUAACGACACCGUUAUUCCGAUUGGAGGCGAAUUAGUUGCUAUAAUUGAUGGUUUGGUACCUGGAAAGGAUUACAAGACCCGUGUUUUGGCUUAUUCAAACGGUGGCGAUGGUAGGAUGAGCUCACCAGAAUGGCAAUUCCGGAUGGGAGAUCCAGAAAUGUACAGAAGCGGUUCAAAGACACUUAAUGGUUUUUCAACAAUCUCAACUGUUGCCUUAUGUAGUAUAAUACACGCGAUCUUACGUAGAAUUGAUUAAGAAAUAAAUUCGCCUCGAAUUAGUGCCUCAAAAACCCUCCCUGUAAAUACACGAUAGGAAUCGCGGCGUAAAAUAUUUUUUCUCUAUCCCUUUUUGUAUACAGAUUUAUAUAGUAUAUACAUCGAUCUUCUAUUGUCUACUUUAUAAUUAGUAACGAUAACAGAUGUACCUGGAUUCAUAUCGCUGCGAGAAUCUCAUGAAAGAAAAAAAAACAUUUUAUUAUUAUCUGUAGAAUUUUAAGUGAUUGAUUAAGAAUCUCGUUGGUAUUACUAACAAUUCCGUCCAAUUAUGUCAAUUAUUUUGAUUUUUUGUUUUAACCAUAAAGAUAUUAAUUUUU